UUUAUCGAGCUGUGCAAACAAAAAUCUCUACGAAAAUUAAAAGACGUCAGAUUUAAACUAAUUUUUCGAAAUGUUAGACAGAGCUGAACAACUAGAGGAAGUUAGUACACAAUCACUUGCAACGAGAUGACUAAAAACUAGAUUUGUUGAGCAGUAAUGAAAUAUUGCUCUGAUCGUGGACACGCACAGUCAGAAGAUAUCGAUGAAUGCACUUUUUUCUUGUUUUAUCGCUCCAGUUAAAGUGGAUCAGACCAGCUGCGCCACACAAUACUAGUCUCGCUAGCUUAGCUUCAAAAAAACACUUGCGACUAGGCACGAUCUUAGAAUUGCAAAAUCACAGGUGGAAGCAACACGACAUCUGGCCGAAUCAGCAAUUGAAACACUCAAUACAGUGGACUUUUUCUAAGACUAUCUAGAAUAUCUAGUAACUGGCACCUCCCUGAGCUAGCACACGAGCACGAACUGCUCGUCGAGUUACAGAAGGAGAGAGAAAAGAAGUCAGUAAGGUAAUCUACACAAGGCUCAACAAGGCUCAAAGUGCGCGGCCUAAAAAGUAUUUGUUCUAUUAUCUCUUGGUUAAGAAAAGAUCAGUGACUGCUUCGCAAUAAUAAAAACACUCUCGAACAAGAUCGUCAGUCAGCAGUCUGCAAUAGCAUGUAUAUUGUAUUCUAUUGACAUAGAUCGUAAACAUUCCAUUGUGAUUUAUAAAAUCUCAAAAUGUUCCUGGAUAUACCUCCACACAGCACGGCUAUCCUGAUAUUCGAGGCUUCGGUUCUCUUCAUCAUCAACUUUGUAGCAUUCGUAGGCAACUUCCUCGUUUGCCUGGCUUCGUUUCGUAACCCUCAGCUCCGUACCACCACCAACUUGUACGUGAUUGCUUUGGCUAUAUCAGAUAUGCUUGCAGCCUCCAUCACCAUGCCUUUGACGUUUGGCGCCCUUCUCAAGGGUCGAUGGAUAUUCGGUACAGURGCUUGUAACAUCCAAGGGUUCUUCGUCCAUUUUCUCAUUUAUGCUUCCAUGCAUACCAUGGCCCUGACAGCAGUCAACAGAUACUUUCGUAUCGUUAAAUCUCAUCAGUACAAGAAGAUCUUCGGAGGAAAUCGAGCGGCCGUGUUUCUGGUUCUUGUGUGGAUGUUGGUGGCCAUCAUCGUCAUUUCUCCUCCACUAUUCGGCUGGGCAAGGUUUGAAUUCCAUCCAGGUCUAUCUUUGUACAUGUGUAUUCUGUACUUCCAGACCAAAACAGGUGAAUUGUCAUUCCUUCUGACCAUCCUUGUGCUGUACGUAACAUUGUCUCUUAUAAUCAUGGCGAUAUCAUACGUCAAAGUGUCCAGAACCAUCCGCAACCAUAACCUACAACUGGCUGGUACUCUUCGCCUGAACCGAAGACUCUCUGGAGUCAGUGUUGAAGAGAUACAUAUCACAAAAUCCUUAUACACCAUAGUCUCUACUUUCGCCAUUGGCUGGAUUCCCGUUUAUGCAUUCAUUUCUAUCAUAAGAACUGGUUUAAGAAAACUCUCUGGUGAAGGUUCUGUCAUCGCCUCGUUCAUGAUAUUCUUAUCUAGCGCCGUUAAUCCAUUCAUUUACGCAUUCAGAAACAAAGCUUUUCGCAAAGAAUUCAAGAACAUCUUAUUGUUUUGGAAGACUUCCCGCGCUCGUGUUGCGCCUUGUAAUCGCUUAGCUCGUUGCCAUACCAACAGCCGUGCGGCAACGGGUAAUAAAGGAUUUCACGAACUGUCCUUCAAACAGAACAUCCGUGACAGAGCGUUUGACAAGAUUGCUAGCUGAAGAGAAAAUAUGGUUUUGUUUCAAUAACUUGAAUCCUGGUUUUAAACCUACGCAAAUUAAUUACUGAAUGUCAGGCCGAUGGGCGUCACUUAUGUAGUUUAACUGUCGUAUAUAUAGCCAGAUGGCACGCAUAUUUUAAGUUAUUUUAUACACUUAUAUCUCACUGAAAAUCCAAUUUUAUCGAACCCUCAAUGAACAACUACUGAACUGAUCUAAUUCAGGGAAUGCCUAACGGGUGGAGGAAGGUAGUUCUACAAAAAAAAUUAGUAAUGAUAAAAAGGGAAAUUUUACACCGUGAAAGAUGAAAAAACUUACUGAA